AUGUCAUCGACAAGUAUAGGCGUAUUUGAUAUAUAUGACGAUUCGUUUCUUCGUUUAAUUUGUCCUACAGCUACUCUUCAUCGAUUACACACUGGUUUGACAUGGGCUGAAGGUCCAGCAUAUUUUCCUGCUUUGCGUUUACUCAUCUUCUCUGAUGUACCAGAAAACCGUCUUUUACGCUAUGACGAAUGUAAUGGUCAAACAAGUAUUUUUCGCUCUCCAUCUCAACAUAGUAAUGGUAAUACCGUUGAUCGUCAAGGUCGUUUAAUAACAUGUGAACAUCAGACAAGACGUGUAACAAGAACUGAACAUGAUGGUACUAUAACUAUAUUAGCCGAUCGUGAUAAGGAUGGUAAACGUUUUAAUAGUCCAAAUGAUAUUGUAGUUAAAUCAGAUGGAUCAGUCUGGUUUACAGAUCCUACUUAUGGUAUUGAUUCAGAUUAUGAAGGUGAUAAAGGAGAAAGUGAAACUCAAGGAAAUCUUGUUUAUUGUUUAAAAAAUGGUAAAGUACAUGUGGUAGCACGAGAUUUUGAACAACCAAAUGGUUUAGCUUUCUCUCCUGAUGAACGACGUUUAUAUAUUGUUGAUACUGGACGAACGCAUCGACCAAAAGAUGGACCAGCACAUAUUCGCGUUUUUAAUGUUGGAGAAGAUGGUAUUACAUUAACUGGUGGAGAGGUUUUUAUUGAAUGCUUGACUGGUUUAUAUGAUGGAUUCCGUUUUGACUCUACGGGAAAUAUUUGGACAAGUGCUGGUAAUGGAGUAUCUUGUUAUGAUGGAAAUACUGGUACUUUACUUGGUAGAAUUCGUGUACCAGAAAUUGUAGCUAAUGUAUGUUUUGGUGGUGGUAUAAAACGAAAUAUUCUUUAUAUUUGUGCUACUACUUCACUUUAUUCUAUUCGAUUAGCCGUCAAUGGAUACAUCGAUGUUGUUGAUUUACUUGAAGAAUGGGAGAAAGAUGGAAAUCAAAGUACGGAAAAACUAAAUGCAGUUCGUGAUAUUCGAAACAAUAAUAAUUUGACAUCUAUACCUGAUUAUCCUGAUAGCAGCCAGCUUAAUGUCGUACCUAAGAUAAGUUUACUAUGUGACAUGGCUUCAGAAAACAAUUCCAAUUCAUCAAAUUAUUUACUUGGUAAUAAUAAUCAGAGUCGUAUGGUUACUACUACUAGCUUUCUUCAUGCAAAUCAGUAUCAAGUACCACAGUUACGCGGUAAUCAGCAUUAUCUAUCUACACCAAUACAAUACAAUACAUUAAAUCGAAUACCAACGAAGGAUGAAAAAUCUUUUCGUGAAAAUGAACGUCGUUUACUAGGAAGAAAUGUUCCACGUUUCAUGAUUCUUCAUAGUGAUUUCAUCAGUUGUCGUAUCAGUUGUAUAUUGCAUAUACUAUUAAAUGCACCAGUAUUUCUUCGAAUAAUGAGUGUAUUACAAAGUCGUCUUGAAACCAAUCAUUUUAAUUUAAACUUAAAUUCACAUAUACUACAUGAACGAAACUUCUUUUAUUCUUUAUCAAGUAUGGCAAAGGCAGCGUAUGAAAAAUACCAGAAUGAUAAUACAGAUAUUUCUCUUGUAAAUGAAUUAUGUUAUAAACAUGAUGAAUUAUAUUCACAUAUGAAACGAUGCGUACAGCAAGAUGGUAAUGAAUUUCUUACUUGUGUGAUGCAUACUUUACGUAUAAUUGCCAAUCAAGUGAAUGAAACAGAAUCUUAUUUAAAAUCAUUUGAUAUUAAAUUUCUUGAAAGUGUUAAUAAUCAUCAGUCAGAAAUGAAAUAUUAUGAUUCCAUUCAUGUCUUUUCUAAUAAAUGUGAUUUUCAACAAUAUAUCAAUGAACAUUUCGUCGGUACUGUAAUUGAACGCACUAAUGAGCUUAGUAUUACACGAACAUUCGAUCUAUUACCUGAACAAUUAUUAAUUAUUGUUGAAAAACCACAAAAUGGUCAAUCUAUCUAUUAUCCAUAUCCAACAGAAUUUGAAACACGUCUUAAUCAAUGUUACUUGUUGACUGGUGCUAUUAUUCAACAAGCUGUAUCUCUUAAUUAUGAUCAUUUUAUUGCUGUAGUACGUCGACAAGACGUUAUAUAUCUUCUUGAUGGUUCUCAAAUUAUAGAUCGGUUUCGUAUCAACUGUCUUUCAGAAUAUUUUGAAAAGGUGUCUCCACAAAUUCUUUUAUACAAUGAAAUCGAUCAAUCACACAGAUCUAUCUGCAUCUUUGAAGAUCCUUUAUGUGGAAAACCUGUUAAAAAAGCAUUUAAUAAUAACUCAGUUUCUUACGAAACAAAACCAGUAGCAAUACCAAUUCCGCCUAGUUUCUCUGUCACGCACGAUAUGAACACUCCAGUAAUCAUUCGACAUCCAAUUAAGAGUAUCAUUCGUUUUCGUAUGCCUAGUGAUUCUCGAAGAAAAAAAAGAGUUCAUGCAGUAUCUAAAGUAAAAGAUUGUUCAGGUCAAGAACGGUUAUAUUUUUGGCCUCAUUACAAGUUUGCCGGCUGCUAUCUUGAAUGUGCAUGGGUAUUCAUAGCACCUGAUGGAAAAAUUUAUCGAAGUCACUGUCAAACUGUUCGUAAUGAAGGUUCGAAACAAAAAUUGGAAAAUCCGACUUACAUCAACAUGGAUGAAAUUAAGCCAUCUGAUGAUCAAUGGUUCUCCCUUAAUUUUGACAUCAUCAAACCAAAACUAGAUGUAUUAAAAGCAAAAAGAGAAAGAAUCAAUGAAACAAAUGAAUACAAUCAAUAUGAUGAUACAUGCCAACUUGUUCGUUAUCCUGACGGUCAAGUAGAAUAUAUUGAUCAAGAUAAAUUAUUACUACUCAGAACAACUGGGGAAAACAGCAAAAAUAAGUCUUCGAAAAAAGCUACUAAUAAUUCUCAAGAUGUAACUCCUGCUGAAGUAUCUAAAUGCUUCGGUAUGAAUACUUUACGUCUUGCUAUUCGCCGAGUCCGUAAGGACCCUGUUACAGGGGAGUAUGUGCCUGAUUCAGAUGUCUUAUUUUAUUCAAAUCCUUUCAAACUAGUUUCUUCAACUUUCAAAGAAACUGAUCGUGAAUACAAUUCAAAUUUAGUACAAAUUACAGAAAUAUCUCCAUCACAAAUUUCAUUGCCCAGUGAAACUGAUCAAUGUACAAUUAACUUAUUAUAUACAAUUCCGGAAAUGUAUGAAUGUACAUCUCUUAAAGAUAAGUAUUUGAGAGCAACAAUAUUAGCUGGUACUGAUGAAAAACCAGAUUUAUAUCCUGAUUAUCAAAUGAUGGAUAAUCAAAAUCGAGUAAAUUACAAAACAUUUUCUAUUAAGGACUAUUCUGAUAAAAUAACAAUGAUUAUUGUUAAACGUUCAAUGACUGAUUAUUAUGAAAACUCUAAUUUGAAUCAAACAUCUGACGAUUUACGCUUAUUUCAUAAUAUGAGUCCAACGGUGACACAAAAUAGUUCAACAACGAUAUCUGCUAAUCCAAGUAUGAAUUGUUUUCGCAUACAACUGGAAUUGUGCCAUUUAUCAAAUGAGGAAUUAAUUCCAUAUCCAAAAUUAAAAGUUAAAUCAAAAAUAAUAAUUGAUGAAAUUGCUUCUGAAGAGGUACAAGUAUUUAUUCAAUCAGCAGAGUUUGAUGAUAUACAAACCAAUGAUAUAGAUGCAUUAUUCGAGAGUCCCAAUGAUGUUGUGUCUUCACAUUUUAAACGUCAAUUGUCCGAGGGAAAUAAUCCAACUAUUGACACAUCAAUGGCUACAUAUCAAAAACAUUCACGUAUUGACAGUCAAGCUCAAAUCGAUUUUCGUCAAACGAACUAA